CAGACCGAGUACAACACAGACUCUUUCAAUGUUUGUUAAGGUUUUGGUGUAUAUAUAGGAAUGCUUGUAUUGUAUGUCACCAUUUUUCUUUAUUCAUUUUAGAAUUCAAUAGCCAUGGGAAUGAUGAAGAAGAAAAAACUUAAAGAUGAUCAAUUCAUCGGAGUGCAGAUUUUACAAGGUCUUUUUUUCCGUCGCCGCCGUCUCCUCAGCCACCUUCUCCCUCUUGUAUCAGCCGUCUCCGGCUUCCUCCUCUUCCUCUUUGCCGUUCUCUCAUUUAUCUCUCCUCCCAUUACCAAUCACCAUGGCCGCCACCACCACCUCAGCCUUAACUCCUCGGUAAACAUCGAUAUAAUCGAGGUUCAGAUGAAUGCCAAGAAAGAGAAUGUUUUUCGAGUACCGGUGGGUGGAGGAAUAGUAGACCGCGAACUAUGGACUUCAAACGAAUCCAAACUCUUUCACGGUUGCAGUAAUGCCGGCGAUAAGUUUGUAGCUGCCGAGUUGAAUACACAAUCCAAUCGGUAUUUAUUAAUUGCAACGAGUGGAGGCUUAAAUCAACAGAGAACAGGGAUAACAGAUGCUGUUGUUGCAGCCUAUAUCUUGAAUGCUACCUUAGUCAUUCCUAAGCUGGACCAAAAUUCUUACUGGAAGGAUACCAGCAACUUCUCUGAGAUCUUUGACGUUGACUGGUUUAUGACAUUUUUGUCGAAAGAUGUCAAAAUUAUCAAACAGCUUCCAGAAAGCGUGGUUAAAGUAAUAACUACACGAGUUCCUAGAAAAUGCACCCCGAAAUGCUAUGAGACUCGUAUCUUGCCCAUUUUUAAUAAGAAGCAUGUGCAGGCUGUUCAGCUUACAAAGUUUGAUUACAGGCUCUCAAAUCGACUUAACACCGAGUUACAGAAACUGAGAUGUAGAGUUAAUUACCAUGCUUUGAAGUUUACUGAUCCUAUACUUGAGAUGGGUAGAAAAUUGGUUGAAAGGAUGAGACUGAAAAGCAAGCAUUUUGUUGCCUUGCAUUUAAGGGGAGCUGAUAAUGAAUUUUCAAUCAACGGAUUCGAAUCUGAUAUGCUAGCUUUCUCUGGAUGCUAUUAUGGUGGAGGAGAGGGAGAAAUGAAAGACUUUGGGGUAAUACGAAAGAGGUGGAAAACUUUACAUAUGAAAAAUCCUGACAAGGAAAGAAGGCAAGGAAGAUGUCCACUAACUCCCGAGGAGGUUGGCCUGAUGUUGAGAGCAUUGGGUUUUGGUAACGACGUUCAUAUAUAUGUAGCAUCUGGUGAAAUAUAUGGGGGUGAAGAAACUUUGGCACCUCUGAGAGCUCUUUUCCCAAAUCUUCAUUCCAAAGAGACUAUUGCCAGCAAAGAAGAGCUGGCAGCACUGUCAUCAUAUUCUUCUCGCAUGGCUGCAUUGGACUUCAUUGUUUGUGAUGAAAGUGAUGUUUUCAGCACCAAUAACAAUGGAAACAUGGCAAGAAUGCUCUCUGGUAGAAGGAGAUAUUUUGGCCAUAAACCAACAAUCCGCCCAAAUGCUAAAAAGCUUUACAAACUUUUCCUGAAUCGGGAUAAUAUGACAUGGGAAGAAUUUGCCUUGCAAGUCCGAAAAUUCCAAAUUGGAUUCAUGGGAGAACCAAAUGAAGUACAGCUUGGUAGGGGCGAGUUUCACGAAAACCCAUUUCCAUGCAUAUGUAAAAAUUCUGAAGCAAGCGCUGCAGAAAAUAUAAGUUCUCAAAGCUGGGGAUCGGUGAGUGAUGAACUGUUCAGUGAAGAUGAUGAGCUAUAUUCAUCAGAAUUAGAUUAUGUGGAAGAUGGUAUAUAGUAGUCUUAUAUAAAAGAUUAUGGUCUCUUUCCAAAAGUAGUGCCACCAGAAGAAAUGAUGUUGGACUAAAUCUAGAUAGAGAUUAGCAGUCUGCUGCAGUUAACUCGAUUUUUGCAUCAUAUUCUUGCAACUCGCUGAAAGAUGACAACCAAAGUGGUGUAAAAACAGUAAGUGUUCUUGUUGUAUAUAUGGUCUUUGCCAACUGAAGAUAUAAUUUAUGAAUUUUGGCGAUCAACGUGCAUUUUUGAGACAUGAUGAUGAACUGCUACAGUUUCGGUUUAGAGAAUUCUGUAAAUUAAGACACAUCACCUCACCUAUAGGGAGGACUGUUAUCUUUUGAAUUCAUUUUAUUACAACUCCUUUGCCUUAAUUUGAGGGCAAGAAGAUGUUUAUAUGUGAUAGAAUGGACGUGAACCUUUCUGUA